UCCAGUGCAUGGGAUCGGCCUGCCUGAAGAUGAGUCCUCUGUUGGUGGUGAUGUGGUUCCUAUGUUACCCCAUCUCUGCUGUCACUCCUGCCAGCUCGACCACUGCUGCAGUCUGUUUUUUGCAGGGCAACUUUGAGCCAGAUUUCCAGGCUGAUGGGCACUUCAUCAUUGCAGGGCUUUUCCCUAUGCAUUACAGGGUUGAGCCACCAGACCAGAACUUCACUUACAAACCAGCUGCUUCACAAUGUUGGGGAUUUGACCCCAGAUCUUUCCGCUGGGCCCAGACCAUGAGGCUGGCUGUUGAGGAGAUUAACCAGAGUCAGAACCUGUUGCCAAACUUCACUCUGGGAUACAAGAUAUUUGACUCCUGUGCUACACAUGUAGCAGGACAAAGAGCAGCUCUGGCAGUUCUGAAUGGGCCUGGAUUAGCCCAAAGUGCCGUGUGUUCUGGCACUGCUCCUGUUUUGGCUGUUGUUGGAGAUUCUGGGACUUCUCAAUCCAUUGUUGUCUCCAGAACUUUGCAGCCCUUCAGAAUUCCAAUGAUAAGUUAUUUUUCAACAUGUUCCUGUCUUAGCAACAGGAAAGAAUUCCCAACAUUUUUUAGAGUAAUUCCUAAUGACGACUACCAGGUAAAAGCCAUUGCAAGCCUCCUACUCCGAUUUGGUUGGACUUGGAUUGGUGUUGUCACUGAAGAUGAUGAUUAUGGGAGAUUUGCUGUACAGGGCCUGUUGAAGGAAGUCAAAAACACUGGUGUGUGUUUGGCCUACCAGAAAAUGAUUCCCAAAGUGUACAGUCGUGAAGGAAUCCUUGAAAUCCUGCAUGUGAUGAAGCACUCCACUGCAAGAGUCGUUAUCAGUUUUGCCGCUGAAGGGGAGCUCUACCCCUUAUUUAAAGAGUACAUGGAUCAAAACAUCACUGGCAUCCAGUGGAUUGCCAGUGAAGCCUGGGUAACAGCAUCAGUAUUCACAGGCAGUGAGUUCUACCCAUUUCUAGGUGGCACCAUUGGUUUCGCUGUCAGGCGGGGGCAGAUUCCUGGUCUUAGAGACUACCUGAUGAAUGUAAACCCAUUGAGCUACCCCAGUAACCCCCUGGUGCACGAGCUGUGGGGUGCCUUGUACGGUUGCUCUCUCUACCCCUCCAGCAGCAGGACCCAGGCCUCCUCCCAGCUGCCCCCCUGUUCAGGGCUGGAGCCCCUGCAGGAGCAGCACUCUGCCUACCUGAACACCUCCCGCCCUCGUAUUUCCUACAAUGUGUACAAAGCCGUGUACGCCAUCGCUCACUCCCUGCACAACCUCAUCAGCUGUAAGCCUGGGAAAGGGCCCUUCCACAAUUCCUCAUGUGCUGAUGCCACAAACAUUCAACCAUGGCAGGUUCAGCAGUAUCUUCAAGAUGUUGUCUUCACUAUUUCUGGAGAAGAUGUUGAUUUUGAUGCAAAUGGAGAUUCAAUUCCUUCAUAUGAUCUGAUCAAUUGGCAAAGAGGAGCAGCUGGAAAUAUUGAGUUUGUAAAUGUGGGUCUGUAUGAUGGUGCCAAGGAUAUAGGGAAUGAGCUGUUUAUCCAGGAGGAGGUGAUCAUGUGGACUGGCCAUAAAACUGAGGUGUUGGUGUCUGUGUGCAGUGAGAGCUGUGCUCCAGGAAGCAGGAAGGCUGUCCGUCGUGGGGAGCCUCUGUGCUGCUUUGAUUGUGUACCGUGUGACGACGGCAAGAUUAGCAAUGAGAGGGAUUCAAUAGAUUGCGCAUCUUGUCCUGAAGAUUACUGGUCCAAUGCAGCCAGAACUGAAUGCAUACCCAAAGUGAUUGAGUACCUCUCCCAUGAUGCAAUGGGACUGACCCUGACUGUGAUAGCUGUAGUUGGAGCCUGCCUCACCAUCACUGUUCUGGUAGUAUUCCUCUACCACAGGAACACACCGAUUGUCAAAGUCAACAACUCAGAGCUGAGCUUCUUCAUCCUGCUCUCUCUGACUCUGUGUUUCCUGUGUGCGCUGGUGUUCAUUGGAGAGCCUACAUCAUGGUCCUGCAUGCUGCGCCAUACUGCCUUCAGCAUCACUUUCUCACUCUGCAUCUCCUGUAUCCUGGGGAAGACUCUGGUGGUGCUGGCUGCCUUUACAGCCACCAGGCCUGGAAACAACAUCAUGAAAUGGCUGGGACCUAAACAGCAGAGAUUCAUAAUUUCUGCCUGCACCUUUAUACAAGUGAUAAUCUGUGCAGUGUGGCUAAUCACUGCUCCUCCUUUCCCAAAUAAAAACAAUCAGUACCAUCGGUCCAGAAUAAUCCUGGAGUGCAGUGUGGGUUCUGAACAGGCCUUCUGGUGUGUUCUGGGAUACAUUGGUCUCCUGGCUGCUCUGUGUUUUAUUCUGGCCUUUCUGGCCAGGAAACUGCCAGGCAAUUUUAAUGAAGCCAAAUACAUCACCUUCAGCAUGCUGAUCUUCUGUGCAGUGUGGCUCGCCUUUGUACCAGCUUAUGUCAGCUCACCUGGAAAGUUCACUGUAGCUGUGGAGAUAUUUGCAAUUCUAGCAUCUAGUUUUGGCCUACUGCUUUGCUUAUUUGCUCCAAAAUGCUACAUCAUUUUACUGAAGCCACAGAAAAAUACCAAACAACAUCUGAUGGGGAAAGUUGUUACCAAAUAGAACAAUCAUGUUUUAUGUAAUAAAUAAACCUGUAUUCCAUAUUUGGAUUCAGUGACACACAUUGAGAUAUUGCUGUGAAACUGUUUCCUACUGAACACUAUAAUUUUGAACACAGCAACAAGGUUCCUUGAUGAUUCCUGUCAGCAUUUACAGUGCUGUUGAAGGAGUUCAAAAGCUGUACUUAAGGGUCGGGGAUAGGGGGUGCGGCGGGGGUCGUAGAACCUCAGUUAACACCAAUAUUGCAACCAUGCAACAGCAGCCAAAUUGCACCGGAACUGUCACAGAACUUUUGAUUUAUUUAUUUUGUAAGGAAAAGGAGAGGUAACUGAUAUUAUAGUGUACACUUCAAAAGACAAACUAAAUCAAUAUAAACCAAAGAUUGUGCCUGUGUAUGUGUGUCUGGGUGCGUGAAAAAUGUAUGUAUAACGGAAUAAAUAUUUGUUAACUACAGACUAUAAUUUACACUGUCAAAGCAAAAAAAAAGAACCAUAAUUACAGCUUUCAUCCUGAGGGACUUCAAAUUCUAAGGCCAUUUUCAGAAGCAAAAUGGCACCAGAAAAACCAACGCAUGCUAUCUCAUUCAAAAUAACCCCAGAAGAGAUUUUGUGUUGGUAAAAUGCAAUGUUAUUCAAAUUGUGGCCAACCCCUGUCUUUAAAUAAUUCCUAUUAUUCAAUUCCAAUUCGCCAAAGUGUCAAAUUUUUGACAUCAUAAUAAAGCAAAUAACUUAUUUUCUUUUAUGUUGUUAUUUGAUUAUACUGUAGCAUUUAU